AUGGAGAAGCUCUGUAACGGUGGAAGGAUCAUUGGCCUCUCAACUCCAGGUGUAAGCUUUGCGGCAAGUCCAAGGUCAUUUUACUUUUUACCCGGUUGUGCCAAAGCUUCAGUGGAAUACAUGGCUCGUCACUACGCCAAAGAACUGGCACCGAAAAGAAUAACUGUGAACGUUGUUAUCUCGGGCAUAACGGACACAGACGCGUGGAUCGCAUCUCCCCCAAUAGACGCAGUGGAGCUGCCAAAGCUUAGGUGCCCCAUGAAGGAAGUUAUCCCCCCUUCUGACGUGGGCGCAGCUGUGGCUUUCCUGGUAUCGAAACAAGCGAGGUUUAUCACAGGGGCAUUCUUGCUUGUAGACUGUGCCUUGAUGUUUGUCUAG